UAGAAAAUAAAAUAAAAUAAAAUAAAAAUGCAGAGACACAAACUCCCACUCUCUCUUCUAAUUUUCUCUCUCCUCCCACUCUCUCUCCUCGCCCGCCCUUACUUUCUCAUCCUCUCUCAAGAAGACCUCAAAGACAUCCCUUCCUCCCCAACCACUACCUCCUCCGAUGUGGACCCCAAUGAGUCUCCACCCGAGUGGGACGAGUUCGGCGACUCUGAUUCCAAACCCGAACACGAACUGGACCCUGGCUCCUGGCGACCGAUCUUCGAACCCGACGCCACCACAUCCUCCACCUCUGCAUCGAAACUCGAUCCGGAGAUGGAGCAGUACUACUCCGCCGUGGAGAAGAUGUUUUCGGCUGUGAGUGACAGUGAGGUUAGGGUUGUGGAGGAAGCAGUGGCGGAAAUUGAAGAAUUGGCGACGGUGAAGGGGAAUUCCCAUGCCCAAUCGGUUUUGGGGUUUUUGUAUGGAUUAGGGCAAAUUAAAGAGAGGGAUAAAGCUAAGGCUUUUUUGUAUCAUCACUUUGCAGCCGAUGGAGGCAGUUUGCAGUCUAAAUCAGCUCUUGCCUACACGUAUUACCGGCAGCUGAUGUAUGAAAAGGCGGUUAAAUUAUAUGCGGAAUUAGCAGAAGUAGCAGUAAAUAGUUUUUUGAUUUCGAAGGAUUCUCCUGUGAUUGAACCGGUUAGGAUACAUAAUGGGGCCGAGGAGAAUAAAGAGGCUUUGAGGAAAUCACGAGGGGAGGAUGACGACGUGUUCCAGAUUUUGGAAUAUCAAGCUCAAAAAGGGAAUGCGGGAGCAAUGUUUAAAAUUGGGUAUUUUCACUACUUUGGAUUGAGAGGAUUGAGGCGUGAUCAUGCGAAAGCUUUGGCAUGGUUUUCAAAGGCUGUAGAGAAAGGGGAACCCAGGUCAAUGGAGCUUCUUGGUGAAAUAUAUGCCCGGGGAGCUGGAGUUGAGAGGAACUAUACUAAAGCGCUUGAAUGGCUUACACUUGCUGCAAAGCAGCAGCUUUAUUCGGCUUAUAAUGGCAUGGGGUAUUUGUAUGUCAAGGGUUAUGGAGUGCAAAAGAAGAACUACAGUAAAGCAAAAGAAUACUUUGAGAGGGCUGCUGACCAUAAAGAUGCUGGUGGGCACUAUAACCUUGGAGUAAUGCAUCUUAAAGGGAUUGGAGUAAAGAGAGAUGUAAGGCUAGCAUGCCAGUAUUUUAUAGUAGCUGCUAAUGCUGGUCAACCAAAGGCAUUUUACCAGCUGGCAAAGAUGUUUCAUAUGGGGGUGGGGCUUAAAAAGAAUCUUCCUAUGGCUACUGCAUUAUACAAACUAGUAGCGGAACGGGGCCCGUGGAACUCCUUGUCUAGAUGGGCAUUGGAGUCAUACCUAAAAGGUGAUGUGGGCAAAGCAUUCCUGUUGUAUUCAAGGAUGGCUGAGCUGGGCUAUGAAAUUGCACAAAGUAAUGCUGCAUGGAUUCUUGACAAAUAUGCAGAGGGUAGCAUGUGUAUGGGGGAAUCGGGGUUUUGUACAGACUCAGAAAGACACCAGCGUGCCCAUUCUUUGUGGUGGCAAGCUUCAGAACAGGGCAAUGAACAUGCUGCUUUGCUUAUUGGUGAUGCAUAUUACUAUGGCAGGGGUACUGAGAGGGAUUAUGAACGAGCGGCAGAGGCUUACAUGCAUGCCAAAUCGCAAUCUAAUGCACAAGCUAUGUUCAAUCUUGGUUACAUGCAUGAACAUGGUGAAGGACUUCCACUUGACCUUCAUCUUGCUAAGCGGUACUAUGACCAAGCUCUUGAGAUCGAUCCUGCAGCAAAGUUACCUGUCACACUAGCCCUUGCAAGCUUGUGGAUAAGAAAGAACCACGCAGACAGUUUCAUGGUACAUGUAAUUGAUUCAUUGCCUGGAGUCUAUCCAAAAAUCAAAGCAUGGGUGGAGAAUAUUAUCCUGGAAGAAGGAAAUGCAGCAAUACUUACUCUUUUUGUCUGUCUGCUUACGGUUCUCUAUUUUCGUGAACGGCAAAGAAGGAAUGCUGCUGUUGAGGUUGACAUACAUGGCCAACAUAUCCAUCAUGCACCUGCUGCACUCAAUUAGUCGGCAGCUCACCAUGAUCUUCAGAAAUGCAAGGUUUUGUUAGUGCGCAUCUGUGGAAAGCUAAAGUUCAUAUUGCAGUUGUGUUGUCAUCUGGGGAGAGGCCAAAAUUCACAUUGCAAUGUUAUGUACAGGGUUUAGAUCUCUAUCAAAACAGAUGCCUUGUUUCAGGCAACGUUGUACCAUACAGAGACGGAAGAGGCUGAAAUAAGACAUGCUUUGUCUCGCAUGUGGAAAGACAUGCUUUGUUUCAGGCAACAUUGUAUUCAACACAGGAUUAUCUGACGCCAUAUUUAAUAGGCAGACAGGUAUGUUUGUUGUGCUACGUGCAACAGUCGUUUUACUCAACAGAUACAUUGUUUCAUACAAGGAUCUGCUUGUGAUGAGCAAGGAUUUCGGGGUAAUGUUGUGCAACCAAUAGCCAAAACUGAUCUUAGUGUCCUUUUUCUCCUGGCCGCAAAAUGAAUAUCAAGCUGACUAGUUUCCCC